AUGACGAAUGGGGAGGAGGAGCCGCUUAGCCCGAUGGCGCGUGUAUUCCAAUCGCCGGGCAUAGACUUAUGUGCCGUGACCAUCAUGGGUUUCAAAACAAAGAUUAAUCCCGACGUUGUUCUUGAUGCCUUGAAGCAAAAUGUCUCCAAGCAUCCUCGUUUAUCCAGCAUACUGAGCAAAAAAAAAAAAAAAGAUCAUGUAAUUGUACCAUACAUAGACCCAGAAGGCGAAGGUGGACAAAGUUUUAUCGAUGAUUAUAUGUCACGCCUCACGAUGAUUCCUCUUGAUAGAUCAAGACCCUUGUGGGACAUUCACAUCCUUAACGUCAAAACUUCAGAUGCUGAAGCAGUCAGUUUUAUAAGAUCUCACCAUUCAUUGGGAGAUGGAAUGUCCUUAUGUUCCCUAUUACUCGGAUGUACUCAAAAAACAUCAGAUCCGAGCACGUCUUCUACUGCUAUUCCACCCGUGAAACGGCAAGGCGCGGUGUUGCAUAGCCUUAGAAAGAAAGGCUGGUUCUUAAGGUCGAUAUUCACCAUUGGUUCUACAAUGACAUUGCUUUGGAAUACAAUUGUAGAUGUGUUGCUGCUUUUGGCGACUAUACUGUUUUUGAAGGAUACAAAAACACCUCUAAAAGGUGGCUUGAAUGUCAAGAGCAAUCCAAAGAGAUUUUAUCACCGAAUUGUGCCUUUGGAUGAUAUUAAACUUAUAAAGAACGCGAUGAACAUGGUACGUUAUGAUUUAUGUUAA